GAAAUGAGGGGUUUGGUCAUCCGAGUAGGUGAGAACACGCAAAGAGGAACAAGACGAUCUGGCGAGAUGAAUUUUCACUUACUGGUCGAAUUGGGUUGGUUGAAUUUCGAGCCAAAAGACUCCACAGCGCCCGCCAAUCUUUGUCAAACCAAAAAGGGGAAGAAAAUUCUUUACAGCAAAAUCUCUUGAUCGUCUCUUCUUCCUUGAAAUGGGAACCAUUGGCUGCAACCACCGAUCCCUCUAUUUUCUGUGGUGCACUUUGCUUCGAAAAAUGAUCAUCGGUUAGGGACGAUCCCUUUUCACUAUCGUGGUCUAUUUUUCUGUGAAUUGGAGAGAGAGAAGGCUUUAAGCCUUCGAUGGAGUAUUGAUUUUUGUUCUACAGCAGAAUUUUACAGAAUUACGGCCCCAAGUAUGAGUUGCACCUGCUUCGGUUCCUCUACUUUGGAGAAGAAACGAAUCUCUAUACGUGCUGAUAAGGAAUUGGACAUCGACUUGCCUGAGAAUGUAAAACAAAUCUCCUUCAAUGAACUAAGAUCUGCUUCGGACGAUUUCCAUUCGAGCAAUAGAAUUGGACGAGGAGGUUUUGGAACUGUUUACAAGGGCACAUUAAGGAAUGGCGUACAGGUUGCGAUAAAGAAACUCUCUAUAGAGUCUAAGCAAGGCGCUCGCGAAUUUUUGACUGAGAUCAAAACCAUUUCAAAUAUUAGGCAUCCUAACCUUGUUGAGUUGAUUGGAUGCUGUUCUCAAAAAGCUAACCGGAUCUUGGUAUAUGAAUAUCUGGAAAACAACAGUCUCGACCAUGCUUUGUUAGAUCCUAAAAAAACAAGCGUCCACCUGGAUUGGGGGAAGAGGUCCUCUAUUUGCAUUGGUACUGCUAGGGGUCUUCAAUUUCUUCACGAGGAAGCCGUUCCACAUAUUGUGCAUAGAGACAUCAAGGCUAGUAAUAUACUCCUUGAUAAAGACUUCAACCCGAAAAUUGGUGACUUUGGAUUAGCCAAACUUUUCCCAGAUGAUAUUACUCACAUUAGCACAAGAAUUGCAGGAACAACUGGUUAUUUGGCUCCAGAGUAUGCAUUGGGAGGUCAACUAACUCUGAAGGCUGAUGUGUAUAGCUUUGGAGUCCUCAUCCUUGAAAUUGUUAGUGGUAAACGUAGCAGUACAGUUUUUGGGGUAGAAAUAUCAGUACUCUUGCUGGGAAGGGUGUGGGAGUUAUACGAAGAAGGAAAACUCUUGGAUAUAGUGGAUCCCAGACUAGGAGAUUACCCUCAGGAAGAAGUGCUUAGGUACAUGAAAGUGGCUCUUUUUUGCACACAAGCAGCUGCAAAUCGACGGCCAGCAAUGAGCCAAGUCAUUGACAUGCUCACAAAGAAUAUCAAGCUGAAUGAGAAGCUACUUACUGCCCCGGGGUUCUACGGAGGCUUGGGGACUAGUGACAUUCCUUCAGUGAGCAAGAAGACCUCGAACGCUUCCACUAGCAACGAGAUGAGCUUUGCAGGCAUCUCCAUAACUAAAAUCACUCCCAGAUGAAGAAGAUUGAAGUUCAAGACUUAGGCAGAUUAUAAAAGGUUGAGUUCAUGAGUAUUAGUUAGUUUGAUUUGGUUGGAGCAUCUCAUUGUUAAAAUUGGGUAAAUAGUAGAGCUUUAUUUUGUUGGGGGUAUCGAGUUGCAUACACAAGUUGCAACCUCAUGAUCUUUUAUCAACUGGUAUGAUGUUAAUACAAUUCAUAUUUUUCACCAUUGAAA